CAUGGAGGCUGUGGCAGUGUUGUAUUCUGAAUUUAACCAAAAUGUCGAUUGCUGAAAGGCGGGAUUGAAAAGAGUUUUUAUUCUUUGAUCAAAUAGUUGCUAUUAUUACAAGAGAAUUGAAAAAGAAACGUGUAAAUAAUAUGUCAAACUACGACCCUGAAAGUAAUGCUGUUCUAUCCAGAAAUUUGAUCAAAGAUCUUUCUCGUCAUCUCACCAAUGGACUCAGAAAUCAGGAAGCAUCUAUGCUCUACAAGAAGGCAAUUAUUCGUUUAGCCGAAUUUGAGGUGUCUUCCUUAGAUAAUAGCACAGUUAGCGAGACUGAUGAAUUCACAAUUAUCGAGAAUAUCAAGAAAAUAUUAAUUAGCUCCAAGGAUGAUACAGCUAUCACUUUGUUCGACUCGUGUCAUAGAAAGCUACUGCGAACGGGUGUCAUCCAAAACCGCACGGCGAUCCUCAACCUUCUGCUGCACAUGAGCGACGCGGGCAGGAAGCCGCCAUCCCGCCUCUCCACCUCCGCCUCCAAACCGCUCAGCGCGAAGACUUCUAGCGGCUACUUCUCGCGCGCUUCCCAGUCAGCCGGUGUGGCCACCAAUCACAGCGACUGUGUGUCUGAGAGCAUGGAGCAGAUCUACCCGCCCGGAGGACAUCACCUGUCCAUGGAGUCGGUGGCUAGUUGGUCGGCGCGGAGCUCGCGAUUCGAGACUUCUCGACCGCCGAGCAGUUUGGGUAACCGGACAUCGCAGCGGAGUGUAGCUGGUCGCUUCGAGGUGUCAGAGACGGUGCUGAUCCAAGAGCUGAUCCUGUGCUUCCAAGGCAUCGAAGGCAAGGUGAUCAAGGCGGACAGCCAGCACGGCUUCAAGCUGGACCCACUGGCCAGGGUGGAGCAGCCCCACAUAGUGCGGCAUCUCAUGGAGCUGGGCUACCUGCACAACAGGGUGCGCGCCCUGUGCUGCCGGGGGGGCCACGGGGGUCAGCAGGGGGGCACUGUCAUGCAGGGCCUUGUCUGCGGUAUUCGCAACCAGUUGACCGAGUACUAUCGGUCGGUGGCCAAUCUACAUUCCGAGUAUUUCCGAAUUGCGGCAUCUCAUGGAGCUGGGCUACCUGCACAACAGGGUGCGCGCCCUGUGCUGCCGGGGGGGCCACGGGGGUCAGCAGGGGGCACUGUCAUGCAGGGCCUUGUCUGCGGUAUUCGCAACCAGUUGACCGAGUACUAUCGGUCGGUGGCCAAUCUACAUUCCGAGUUGCAACAAGCCACCUACCUGAACGAAGAUUCACCGAUGUGCGAGGAAGCUCCCGGCUACUCUUGUCUCUCGCUGUGUCGUCUGCUCGUCUGGGCACAGGAGCCACUCCAUACUCUCCAGUGUCUGUGCGAUGUCGCUCAGGCAUGCAACUCCAAGACAGGUGGCGCAGUUAUCAGCUGCACGCAGCCAUUUUUGGACCACGGCGACCCGUUCCGGCGCGACCGCUGUACUUUCCUGCUGACGUCAGCACUGCGUCCCCUCUUCACCCUCAUCUGCCACUGGAUGGCCGACGGCGAGUUGCUCGACCCUCACAACGAGUUCUUCGUCUACGUUAACCAGUCCUGUCCUGCCAAGGAUCGUUGGCACAACAAGUUUCGAUUGCGUGAAGAGCUGGUGCCAUCUGUUAUGUCAAGACGGCAGGCUGAGUUGGUGCUGAAUACUGGCAAAUGCACGCACUUCCUCAACGACAUCUGCGAUGCGGAGGAACAGAGUGCAGUCACCGGCUGUCGAUUGCAGCUCAAGCAAAUGGAGGAUGCUAAAGGUGACGAUAUGCUAGAGCUUCUAGAUCCGAGCAGUGAAAUAUGGAACAUUCUGGAAGGUGCUUUUCUGGAGACUUCGAAAAUGGUGCUUGAUGUUCUCGUUAAUAAGUACAAACUGUUUGAACAUUUCCGUGGACUGCGUCUUUAUAUGCUGUUGGGUCAAGGAGAUUUCUAUAGGUACUUUCUGGAGCUAGUGCAUCCGGAACUGAAGAAGAGUGCCGUAUCAGUGUACCACCACAACCUGAUGGCAAUAAUGGAGACAGCCAUGCGCCAGACCAAUGCCCAAUUCGAGGACCCCGACAUUUUGUCAAAAGUGUCUGUCAAAUUACUGGUCGCCUCGGGAGGGGAGGAUGGCUGGGACAUAUUCAACAUGAGCUACAACGUCGCUAGUCCUCUCGAUACGAUAUUCUGUACCAGCGAGCAAACUUAUAGUCAGAUGUUCAACUUUUUGUGGCGAUUGAAACGUGUAAAUCUCGGUCUGUCACAUACUUGGAAAAAGCAGUCGCUCUUUUUGAAACGGAUCAAUCGACAUCGCAAACAGUUCAGUGACAUGAUCACAGCGACGGUACAGGUGCGCAUUCUGACGGGCGAAAUGGUGCACUAUCUGCACCAAGUGGAGUACUACAUAAUGUUCGAGGUGCUCGAGUGUGCAUGGAGUGCUUUCUCCUCGCACUUCCAGCAGGCUGUCUCCCUAGAGGAAGUCAUCACUGCGCACCAGACCUAUCUUGCCAAAAUUAUGGCCAUGACCUUCCAGGAUACCGACAAUCAGAAAUUCUCCACCCAGUUCCGGAUAAUCAACGAGUUGGUGUUGGAACUGAACCGACUGGCAGACGACUUUCUGGCAUGCGCAGACGCCGAAUUUGAGCGCAAAAUGGAGAGAGUUGUGCGCAUCGAGCAGCACGGCUGUGAUCACCUCGAGGCAGCUGAACACCUCAGCAUGGAGGAGAGCUUCUGCUCCAGUCUGCUCUCGUUCCGAGCCAGGACCAGACUGCUUACUCAGAGUUACCAGGAUGUACUGAAGAAGCUUCUUCUCGAUCUCUCCUCACACGCCGAGCUCAAUCUGCAGUUCCUCAGCUCUCGCUUGGACUUCAACGAGUUCUACAAGCGAUCCGACGCGCGUCUGAGCGAGUCGAUGAAAUUCCGCCGAUGCAGCGAUUACGUCACGUUCGCGCGCACACCGCUGGCAGUAGAAUGACCACUGCCAUCUGUCGGCCAGUCGGCGAACUAUCUCGAGCCGGAUUCUAGCGGGAAGUUUGAAUUUGGCGCAUCACAAUCCCCUCCUCCAAUGACCGGCUUGCAAGCGGAUUCUUCCAACGGUGACAAUAGUAAUAAUAAUAGAUAUGAAAUCAACACACUAAUGCCUGAUUUAAUUUAUUCUAGUUAUAAGGUAGACUGUGCCUAUCAGGGUAAGAGUUUAGAUUUUGAAAAUAGUAGGAAAUUUGUGAACCCAGUACUAGAUAACGUUAACUCCAAUCAGAACUUCAAUAAUUCUGA